AUGAGUCCGGCAACUUGGGGACAAUGCCGAGAUGCGCACACGCCACCUGUGAGGCUAGUUGGUUCCGCUUCACAUAGAAACACGGAGGGUGCAUGUAACGCAUCUCGCGUCAACCUGUUGCGCGUUUCUGGGAAACGGGAAGCGCACCCCAAGUGGCACCAAGGUGAGGUGUCUCGUAGACGAAAGAAGCGGACACUGCAGUGUCUAGUUGUCGGGACUGGUGCACAUUAUCACAAGCGCAUUGUAACGCAUGGCGUGCGGGUAUAUCAGUGUCCUGGCGGAGGGUCAAACAACACACAGGCGGUUCCAGCAAUUGAGGGGACGGCAACGAACUCAAAAGCGAUUUUCCCCCCGGUCACGGACAUCAUUGGUGGGCUGCGAAACAUUAUGACCAGAUUCCAGACCUCGAAACACCGUAUUUUCGAGCCAAUGCGAACUAUUCUACCAUUCAACUCGAAGACCGGAUCAUCAACGCUAUCAUCACCGAACACCAGCAGCAAUUGGAUCGAGAUCUCAGGCCUGGAAACUGCCAUGAACAGUAUCAAAAAUAUUCACCAGCAACUCGUCGAAAAGAAGGACACGAUUACCCAGUCCAUGAAUUUGCACAAGCAACUUGAAUCGGCUCUGUGGCGCUUUCUCAUGGUAGUAGGCAUGACGUUCGACCUCGAGGGCUUGUAUUCUUUCAAUCUCGCAUGGGCCCACCUGACAAAUGUCGAGAUCGGCAUGCUCCAACCGACUGCAGUCUUCCACUUGCUUCAGCUAGUACGCCCCAACCUCUCUUCGUUAACGCUCCGCUUUCGCACUGGAGCCAUCCACGCAUACCAAAAUUCAAUCUUUCCGCAUUGCUUGUGGAUCCGGGCGCGGGAGCCUCCACCACCAACAUACAACACAAACAACGCGAUCUCCAGGAGGAGUCUGAUUUUCUCCAGCGCCGAUCGCUCAGUUUGGCACCGACUAUCGACGUUAACGUACUGGACUGUCGCCCUUGCAUGUGGUUAUCCGUGGGCAAUGGCUCCACUCCAUCUUGCUGGGUUGCAUGAUCUUCCUUUCGAACUUCGAAGUGCCAAAAUAUCGAUAGGUCCAUUAAUCCAAUAAUACUGAUAUUGUCGAGAAAAGGUAAUUAAUUCGGACAGAGAUCUUCGAAGAACUACCUCUGGUUUUCGUACCAGGUCUAGUUCGCGGUACUCAAUAUUCACUGUGAGAGACUGAGAAAUCGCCACAUCCUAUGCAAAUACCACAGCUAUUUCGCUGGGAGCAUAAUUCAAUAUUCAAGUCUUGGUUCAGUAAAGGGAGCACCUCACGCUCACGCUCAUGCCAAAUCCAAUCAAUGACUACGCAAAGUCCAAAAAUCAUUACAAUGCACAGCAAUGAGCCAUCAAGGACAACGCUCACCAGUGCACGGUCUGGGCCCCAAGACGGUCGGAAAAAGCGGAUAGCGAUGCCAAUGUUCACGAUAUCGCGCAUGAAUGAGUUGACAUACUUAAUAUACCCGCUACUUCCUGCACUUCGGAUGACGGCGAACUUAUGCUGUUAACAGUCAUUAGACCAUGGA